AUGGCAGUCGACGUGACCAUGAGCGGACGAAGACCCAAGACUCGGUGCCAAUGCGCCCCGCGCUUGGCCUCGGCGUCUACCUCUAUCUUCGUCUCCAUGUCGACAUGUUGUCCUGUGCCUGUUUAUCCCUCUCUCCGCUCUCUCUCUCUCUCUCUCUCUCUCUCUCUCUCUCUCUCUCUCUCUCUCUCUCUCUCUCUGCUGGUCUUUGAACCCUUUGUGCACCCCGUGGUCCCGGUCCCGAUCCUGGUUCCGGUCCCGGUUUUGGUGCUGUUUUCCGUCUGCCCGCGUGUCGCCUCUCAGGCGGCUGCGAGUGCCAACGGCAAGGGCCGCUGGCCGCAAGCGUACCAGGAUGACGAUUCCGAGCUGGAUCUCAUUACCAUGAACAUGCACGAAGAUCGUGCCCACAGCACCCCGCCCAUGCACAUGGUUGGAUCGCCAGUCUCGUGCUUUGCCUGUGCCUUGCUUCUCUCCCUCUCUCUUCUCUCUCUUUCUCUCUCAGAACCGCCCACCCGAGUGCUGACCAUUCUACGCAAGCAUCAGCGUCGUGCGAGUCUGCAGCGCUUCACAAGCUCCGACUCGGACGCUGAAACCGACGCUUUUCUCAAGGAUCUUGGCAUCAACGUCAAGCUCUCCACCGUCGUGGCCUCCCCUCGCGAUAGCUUCAACCUACAUCCCGCCGAUGAUAUCGCCGAAACACCCCCGACUCGUAGCUCCCUGGCCUCCUCCACCACCCACCGCGACGGCCCCUCUCGUGCCUCCAAUGAUAGCCCUGAACGUCCGAUGAGUGCCGCCCCCGGGACCGCUAUUGGCACCAAUUCUCGAGCCGACAAUCCUGCGCUCGCCACCGUCAACGCCGGUCCCGCCCCCGGCACCCACCCCGAUCCCAGCACUUCCGCUGCCCCGGCCUCGGCCUUGCCCCCGCGCCGUGAUCAUCACGCAGCUUCACCCUCCCUUCCCUCGCACCUCGCCCAACAAUUUGCCGGCCUCAGCCUCGGUUCGCCCACCAUCCCCACCCACUACCCAGAUCCAGCCCUGCCCCACGCGGCCCACUGGCCCAUGUGGAACAACAGCUACUAUGACCCUCGUCUCUCCGGGCUCAUGGCCGGCAGUCCCGUGGAGGUGGUCCCCAACCCCAUGAUGCACCCUGCCUACGUGCAGCAUCCUCAUCACGGCGCCAGCUCCCCACUCCUUAGCCCAAGUGCUCCCGGAACCUAUUCCCCAGCCCUCAUGAGCCGCUCCGCAACCGCCUCCCCCCGUCACCUCUGGUCCGAGCCGACGGCCCAGUCAUACCAGUUCCCUCCCAUGGGCCUGCCCUCCGUCGGACAACAGCCAUUUGUUGGCGGCUCCCCACAACCCACCCCCUAUACCCUCGAUACGGCUGCCAUGGUUUCAACCAGCGCCGCCGGCCCACCUCCCGGCAUGGUUGAUGGCUCGCAUCCAGGCCCCGAGUACUGGUCUCCGCCCCCAGGCUCCCCCACCACCUAUGGCCACGCACCCCCGGGCUUUGCCAGCUACCCCUACAUGGCACCCCCCGUUGGAACUGGGCCCCUCACCAACCACUCCGUUGGACCCACCCACUAUGCCAACCCACACCAACAACAGCUUCACCACCGCCAGCCCCAUCAGCAUGCGCAUCAGGCGCAGCCGCAACACCACCCGCAUUCCCAUCACCACCAACAUCCGCAACAGCACCGCUCCCACGGUGGACCCCAACACCGUCACAACAACGGGCAGAACCACCACCAUUAUUCUCACGGUCCCACGAGCAUGGGCCAAGGUCCCCAAGCCCACGGCGGUUCCCGCAACCCUCGCCAAUCCAACACUGCCCGUCGUCCACAUGCGCUGGGCCGCGAAGAGGGCCGUCGCCGUGGCAAUGACGCCGUGCGCGUGCUUAUCCAGACUGCCAAGACUCAAGCCACCGAGAAACAGCUCAAGGGACCCUUUGACAUGACCCUGCUGCGCGGCCACGUGUGUGACAUCUCUGCCGACCAAUAUGGCUCUCGUCUGCUGCAGGAGCACAUCCCGGAAAUGCCACAGGAAGACCUCAAGGCUCUGGUCGAUGAUCUUGCGCCGGAAGCCGUCAGCGUUUCCUGUGAUGUCUUUGGCAAUUACCUCAUGCAGAAGCUGCUCACCGAUUCCCCAUCGCCUCAACGCUCCCUGCUGGUCCAGCAGCUAGAGCAGAGCGUCGAAACGCUGGCCUACAACCAGUACGGCUGCCGCGUCCUGCAAUGCCUCAUCGAAGUUUUACCCUCGGCCCAACGCGAGGAAAUGACCAAACGUCUCCUCAAGGAUACUGAAACGCUUUUGGCUUGCAUUCGUGAUCAGCACGCAAACCACGUGAUUCAAAAGUGCAUCUUCCACCUUGAUAGCGCCAGUGUUGAUCAAAUUAUCAACGCUUGCAUGCAAGAGGGCAUCAAUUUGUCCAGUCAUGCCUACGCAUGCCGCGUCAUCCAGCGCCUCUUUGAACAUGUUCCACGCGACCGCCUUCGCAACCUGCGCACUCACAUCCUGUCCGCCACCGAGCAGUUGGCCUACUCUCCCUUUGGCAACUACGUGCUGCAGGUCAUUCUACAAGCUCAGCACGAGGAAGAUGUCCAGCUGAUCAUGAAGUAUAUCCACACUCGCGUCCAGCCCAUGUCCAUGCACAAGUAUGCGUCAAACGUCGUGGAGAAGAGCCUUCGCGCGAGCUCGCGCGAACAGCUGGCCACCAUUUUGAACGAAGUCCUGACGCCUAGCCCCAGCCAGCCGGCAAACUACACACCACUUUCUGUCAUGAUGACGGAUCAGUAUGGCAACUUUGUUGUUGGCGUCAUGUUGGAGCUUGCCCCAGAGGCGCAGCGUCUGCAAAUGAUCCAGAUGAUUGAGAUGCACCGCUUCCAACUCAAGACUUCCUCCUUUGGCAAGCACGUUAUUGCCAAGUUGGAUCGUCUUCGUGCAGAUCAUCCCGACCUCUAUCCUGUCCCCGCAUCAAUGCCAGGCUCUUUUUGA